AUGGAUGUCGAAACCAGCUUGCAGGACGUGGUCAAAGUGCUACAAGGCAUACUGUCCGCGGAUGAUCUGCCUACAUCGACAAAUAACGCUGUGAAGAGCGGCGGACCUGGUCAAAAUGGCGACGCAACCACGAAUAUCACUCGCGGCAGCACCUUAAACUCUCAACGUGUACUCCCAGCGAAGACAGCGAGUCUAAAGCCCGCUCAGAUCCAAGAGGCAGGUCUGGAAACCACCAAGAACUCCUCCAAUCCAGUGCAAGCGCUGGCGGACCAUCUCAGCAACGAGAUCCUCCCAUACCUCAACCGCCAAUCUCUGUCCCCAAAUUACUACGGGUUUGUCAUUGGUGGCGCGACACCAGCGGCUCUGCUAGGCGAUCUGCUGGCCGUGAUCUACGAUCAGAACGUCCACGUCCACCUCCCCAACGAUACCAUCGCGACGGCGGUGGAAGUACACGCCUUGAAUUUACUGGUGCAGCUGUUCCGGCUCCCGGGAGAGGAGUGGCGGAUCGGCGGUCCUGGGUCUGGCGGAGGUAUCUUCACGACAGGUGCCACAGCUAGCAACAUCCUCGGUCUGGCAUUAGGCAGGGAAUUCGUGCUUCGCAAGGCGCUGGAGAAGAAGGGUGUCACUGAUGCAGCAUCCCUCAGUGUUGGGGAGUCUGGGCUGUCAGAAUUGAUGGCUCUUGCAGGUGCGCGGAAGUUGCAGGUCCUGAGCACUUUACCACAUUCGAGUGUCGUAAAGGCGGCUGGAGUACUGGGUAUUGGCCGGAAGAAUGUGAUUCCACUCGCCACGGCGGAUAAUUCCCUGCAGAUCGACAUGGAAAGGCUCGAGGCUGAAGUGAAAAAGAACGAUGUCUUGAAUAUUCUUGCCAUAUCAUCCGGGGAAGUGAAUACUGGUCGGUUCGCGACAGCUUCUCUGGAGCAGAUGACGAAGUUACGGCAGAUUUGUUCGGAGAACGGUGUUUGGAUCCACGUCGAUGGGGCAUUCGGCUUGUUUGGUCGGGUACUCUCUCCUAAUGACACUGAAUAUACCGAAAUCGUGAAUGGCGUGACAGGUCUUGAGCUGGCUGAUUCUAUAACCGGCGACUGUCAUAAAUUGUUGAAUGUUCCUUAUGAUUGUGGCAUGUUCUUUACCAAGCACAAGGAUCUCAGCGAAGAUGUCUUUCGCAAUGGUAACGCAGCCUAUCUCACAAGUGGACUAGGCGACGGUGACGACGUUCAAACCCCACUCAACAUUGGACUCGAAAAUUCUCGACGCUUUCGUUCACUGCCCGUGUAUUGUACCAUCAAAGCCUACGGCCGACAGGGGUAUAUAGACAUGUUGAAGAGACAGAUUGGACUGGCUCGGCGAGUAACUCGAUGGCUGCUUGAUGACGACAGAUUCGAAGUGUUGCCCCACGGUGCUUCAGAAAGCGAGGUCAUCGCAAAGACGUUCAUCAUUGUGCUGUUUCGAAUGAAGGACGAAAACCUGAACAAGGGGCUAGUCAAAAGAGUCAAUGCCACAGGCAGAAUGUUCGUCAGCGGCACUGUUUGGGAUGGAAAAGCCGCUGCUCGAAUAGCGGUGAGCAAUUGGCGUGUUGAUAUCGAGAGGGAUGCGAGGCUGAUAGAGGAAGUGUUGGAUCAAGCUAGCCAGGGUGACAAAUGA